AUGAAAAAGAGAGGUUUUUUACCUGAUGUUGUUACUUAUAAUAUUCUCAUUGGGAGUCUUUGUGGGAGGGGUAAACUUUAUUUGGCUUUAAGGGUUAUGGAUCACUUGUUGAAAGAUAAUUGUAGGCCAAAUGUUAUAACUUAUACUAUUUUGAUUAAAGCAACUAUUAUUGAAGGUGGUAUUGAUAAGGCUAUGAAGCUUUUGGAUGAGAUGUUGUCGAGAGGGCUUCGACCUGAUGUGUCUACUUAUAAUGUUGUUGUUAAAGGUAUGUGUAAAGAAGGGUUGUUGGAUAGAGCUUUUGAGUAUCUUAGUAGUAUAAGUUGUAAGGGCUGUGUUGCUGAUGUGAGUCCUUAUAAUAUUCUGUUGAAGAAUCUUUUGAAAGAAGGGAAAUGGGAAGCUGGAGAGAGUUUGAUGUCUGAUAUGUUGGAUAAAGGUUGUGAUCCGAGUUGUGUGACAUACAGCAUAUUGAUUUGUUCACUUUGUCGUGAUGGUAAAAUUGUCGAGGCUGAGAAUGUGUUGAAGGGUAUGAAGAAGAGAGGGUUGGCUCCUAAUGCUUAUUGUUACAAUCCAUUGAUUUCUGCUAUUUGUAAAGAAGGAAAAGUAAAUUUGGCUAUAGAGUAUUUAAAUAACAUGAUAUCAGAUGGUGGUUUGCCUAAGGCAAGCAGAUGUGAACUCACUGAUGCUGAUACUGGCAUUGCUAUGUCUUUUGCUUCCAAUGCUAUUUAA